AUGGCACUAUCUCAUUCUAUAGCACAGACUCCAGCUGUGUGUCAGUUCUGUGAAGAAUCACCAGAGAUUAAGUGGAAGUGUAUAAACUGUGAAUUAUUCCUAUGUCAACUGUGCAGUUCAAAGAUACAUAGCAAAAGUAAGGCAUCUAUGGAACAUGAAAUUAUAAAUUUAAAAUAUUUUGAAGCAGAGGAUUUAGCCACCUCAGUGCGUAAAGUGAAUCUUGAGAACAUGCUAUGUUCAAAGCAUGGUAAACAAAAGUGUUUUCUUUACUGUAAUGAAUGCAGGGUGCCUGCUUGUUCUAAAUGUUUAAUGGAACCUCAUAAACUCCAUGACUUUAAACCCAUUGAUGAAGUGUAUAAUGACAUUGUCUCUGAAAUGAAAGACUUAAUAAUCAAAUUUGAAUCCCAUCUUAAACUUUUAAGAAAAGAAAAGGACAUGCAAGAAAAAAUUCUUUCAGAGGGUGAAAUAAAUUUCAAAGAAACAAGAGAUAUAAUUCUGCAGACUGAGAAAGAAAUGAAAGAGACAAUUUCAAAACAUGCUAAGGACAUAUUACUAGAACUUGAAGCAAAAUGGAAACCAAAUGAAAACCUGAUGAAGACUGAACUUUCUUCUAUGACAAAGGACGAGGUCGAGACGGAAACCAGGAAAAACAAUCUGAACCAAAUUCUGCAGUCUCAUCGAGUGGCAGACAUUUUCUCUACAAGUAAAAUCUUUGAUAGGUCAUUGCCAAAAUUUUCAACUACAACAAAAAAAACAAAUGAGGCAAAGUUCAUUCCUGGAAACAUGCAUGUGAAACUAGGAAGUCAAAUGUUUGGUGAUCUUUAUUCAGUUCCAGACUUUGAGGUUAAACACACUUAUCAACUUGAUGAUACAGAUUUGCCAAAUACGUUUCUAUUCUGUGAAGACAAUACUGCUUUUAUGGGAAGUUAUUCAGGUCUAACACUGCAGAAAGUAACAUUUAAAAACCGUAAAAUCAAAGUAGAAAGAGAAGUUAAGAUAGCAGUCUUUGAUAUGGCAUGGACAAAAGAUGGAGAAAUACUUAUAUCAUCUGCAGAAAGUGAUCUACACCUAUAUACUAAAGAUAACAAGUUAAAAACUUUUAAGUCAUUUUCUCCCUGGAGAACUUUAGGUGUAAAUGUAACUAAAGAUAAUAAGAUAUUAGUAAGUUUGGUAGAAUCUUUUUUCCCCAAACCUACAGAAGACAAAAGACUUGUAAUUAUGAACCAGGAUGGUGACAUACAACAUACUAUUGAUUAUGAUAAGGACAAUCAGAGAAUGUUUACAUAUCCUGGUAGAAUCAAAGCUUUAAAGGAUAAGAUAGUAGUCUUAGAUCUUAUGAAUAAAAAUAGUGAGGGUAGGGUAAUGAUGAUAGAUUAUGGGGGACUUCUCCAUUGGACCUACAAUGGGUAUAAUAAUAGCAAUUCUAGCCAGGCUAAAUUUUAUCCAUCAGAUUGUGCAAUAACCUCAGCAGAUAAGAUUUUGGUUUGUGAUCUAGACAACCAUUUAAUACAUGUUUUAAAUUCUGCUGGGAAGAUUAUUGUAUGUAAGAAUGUAAAAACCUUAGAAUUAGAAUUACCCUUUUGCCUAAGUAUUGACAAUAAUGAUUUAUUAUGGAUAGGGUGUCUCGCAUUAAAAGAUGGCAAAAAACAAAAUGCUAAGAUAAGUUGUAUUAAGCUGACUUAG